GGAAAGAAAAUACAGGGGAAGUUAGACAAGAAACAGGCAUUAUGAGAUAAAAAUAUCACAAGGAGAAAGAGAGAAGUGAUAUCCCUGAGUGCCUCGGUGGAUCCUGUAAACAGACAUGAAUAAUCGCUCCAUUGCCUGGUGGCUGAGACAGAUUGGCCUGUCCCAGUACACCAAGACACUAGAGAGGGAAUAUUACGGUCUGGAGGGCUUGCUGAACGUGACGGAUAGAGAGCUGAAGGAUGCAGGGAUAGAGGAUGCAACACACAGAGAAACCAUCCUCAGCCAACUUUCAAGGCACCGACAGAGACUGGACCCUCACUCUGCAAGAGGAGGAGUGUCAGUGCAUACUUUAGCCAGCUGAAGGUGUUUGGUGGUCGGAGAGAGAUGGAGUCGCUGAAGAAAGAGCUGGAGGAGGAGCUGAAGCUCAGCACUGAGGACCUGAGGAGCCACGCUUGGUACCAUGGUCCGCUGAGCCGAGAGGCUGCAGAGUCUCUGUUUGAGAGGGACGGAGACUUCCUGGUCCGAGACUCAAGCUCUUCCCCUGGUGACUACGUUUUGAGCUGCUUUUGGAAGGACGGGCCCAUGCACUUCAAGAUCAUACGAGUGGUUCUUCGUCCCAAAAAGGGCUACUCUCGGGAGCUGUUCCAGUUUGAGGAGGAUCGCUUUGACAAUGUUCCUGCUCUGAUCCGAUUCUAUGUGGGCGGGCGUCGACCCAUCUCCCAGGCCUCGGGCGCUGUGAUCUUUCACCCAAUCACACGGACCCUUCCUCUGCGUGUCAUCACUGAGCGACAUACGGAGCCCAGCAGCAGCAGCAGUAGAAGUGCAGGGGUAGAAAAACACACUGAAUCCAAGAAAAGACGCAGCUUCAGCUCUGCACACGCCGACACACUGCAGGUUAUCAAUCCACUGCUAAGGAGUGGAAGUCAGCCUGCUAACUUGGAGAACGUGGGACGGAGGCCUUCACUUCAGUCUGCACAAUCUGACAGCAACCUGCGAACUGGUGCCCCGCAGAAAGCUCAGUCAGAGGACACUGCCCCCCCCCCAAUCUCUCCAGUGUUUCGCACAGGCAGCGAACCCCUGCUGAGCCCACGACCACGACACACACGGCCCUCCCAUCCAGGUGGUGGCGUAACUUUGCGAGGUUCAGACGGACAGCUGCACUCCAGAGCUCCUCCAAAACCUCUCAGGGUCUCUGUUGUCUUCCCCAACGCCGUCCCACCCCCACCUACAGACCAAGACUAUGACCCUUCUUCUUUUUACGAUGAGCUGGUUGUCCAGGUGCCACAGUCCGGACGGAAGGGUCAUGUGGACCGCCUGCGUGCAGAGGAGAAGUGGCAGAGCCGGGCCCGCCUCACAGAGACUUCCUUUGGCUUUCUGGAGGCACAGAAAAAUGAAGUAUCGGUGCCGAUGCUGCCGCAGAAGAAGGGGGCAGAGGAAGUGGAGGACUGGCAUUUUGAAAAGCCACAUGUAGAGUCAGAGUCGUGUUUCCAGUUGGAUCACUUUAAGUCGGUGCUUUUGCCGGAGAACAACCGACCUCUGGAGCCCAGCGUCCUGCUGACACUCAAAGAGCUCUUCAACCGAUCAAAAGCAGACACCACCGCUCUGCACAUGCUCAGCGUUGACUGCCAGGUAGCACGCAUCGUUGGGGUGACUGACGAGCAGAAGAGGAUUAUGGGAGUUGGAUCGGGGCUAGAGCUUGUCACUUUGCCACACGGACACCAGUUGCGACAGGAUUUGUUAGAAAGGCAUCAUCUAAUAGCACUGGGAGUCGCAGUGGACAUCCUGGGCUGCACAGGGACUGUGAGCCAAAGGGCAACCGUUUUACAUAAAUUAAUCUUAUUGGCUCAGGCCCUGAAAGAACACGCCUACAACCUCUACUCCUUCUCAGCAGUGAUGAAGGCUCUGGAGAUGCCUCAGAUAAUGCGCCUGGAGAUGACGUGGCGAGCGCUGAGGAGGAACCACACAGAAACUGCAGUUUUAUUUGAGAAGAAACUCAAACCCUUCAUGAAGUUGCUGAACGAGGGAGACGACUCUGUGGUCGACGGUCCCAUAGCCGUGCCACACCUGGUUCCUCUGCUGAUGGCGAUGGAGGGUGAGGACCCGGUGGAGGACAGUGAGCGAGGCUGUCAGCUUCUCUACGAUGUCCUCCAAUCAGCUCGCAAUGCUGCGCUGCACGCACAAGAUUAUCAGCAGCAUGCACACUCUCUGCUCACAGAAGGCUGGGAGCCGAUCCCUGAGCUGCUGGAGGCAUUCCGGACGGAGUUCGCCCUGCGGCUGUUCUGGGGUCAGUCGGGGGCAGCGGCCGACAGAAAGGAGCGCUAUGAGAAGUUUGACAAGAUUCUUUGUGUCCUCUCAGAUAAACUGGAACCCGUGGAGAUCACCCCACAACAACCUGACCCUCUAACCUGAGCCUCAGGGCCUGUUUCUCUAAAUUAAAGGUGAAAUCAGCACUUUCUUCACUAGGGGAAAAUAAAAAGCAGAGAUGAAAGUGAAAUGUUUUAUUUGAGCCUCGGCGUGUUGCAGGAACCAACGCGGGGAUCUCACCCCUGAGAUCACACAGACAUAAAGAAAAGUUCUUUUUGAGAUGUAAGAGACUGUCAAGCAACAACUUAACUUAUAAGAGAAUGAAUUACAUCUGGCAUGUGCGGGCCCUGGGCAGUCCUUUACUGUGAAAAGGGCUGCGUUGGAUUCAUUUGACAUUUUUAGGAAAUCUGAAAUUGUUUACUUAAAAACUAGCAUCUGUUUACUUUUUUAAAUGUGCAUUUCUGAUACUCCAACACUGUUUUAUUAAUCCACACCACUUGUUUGAUACUUGAGAUUCCAAAGGACCAACAUGAACACUAUCAAAACUGAGUUAGUUCCCUUUGUACGUAAACUGCUGCUGUAAUAGACCACACUGGAAAUUGUGUUUUUAAUUUCAGUGUUUAUACUGCAUUGAAUGUAUGUUUAUUACUUCUUGGUUGCCAGUUUUUGCAUGUAAUAUUUCUCAUAUAUGAUAUUGUAAAGAACCACAAAUGACAAUAAAUGUUUUUUUCUUUGCACUUUAUGACUCAAAUGAUACAAAAAAAGAUGGAUCAUACAAUAAUACCCCUAAAAUGUCCACUAGUCCAGGACAGAGUUGCAGAGAAAGAGAUGGGUAAAACCAUACCUGGCCAAACAAGAUU